CAAUCUUUCCUUUCUACUUGUUUCUCUUCAUGGUAUCAGAGCCUUGUGGCUUGUGACAAUAAUUCUGCGCACUACCAACCAGCGACGAAGGUAUGACGACUCCAGCAAAUGCGAAUGACCAAAUGACACCGACAAAGCCCUGCAUUUUUUUUGGGUUGAAAGAAUACUGACGGAAAAUCAAUGACCCUUCCUCUCCGUAUUACCUUUCAAGCUCCGAUAUACCAGGAGUUAACAUAUGCGGACUUGUGCUGAAGGGGGAAGUGACCUAUCGGGAAUGGUCGAGGGCAAUGAGAAAUGCAUUCUGCGCUAAAGAAAAGUGGGUUUUCUUGACGGAUCAAUCCUGCUUCCGGAAGGUGCUGAAGAUAAGGAGGACUGGCUGACCGUGAACUCAAUGUUGGUCGGGUGGUUGAUGACGGCCAUGGAUCCUUCGGUUCGUGGGACAAUUGCUUAUGUGGAUUCAGUGUAUGAGAUGUGGGAAGAUCUGAAAACCAGGUUCGAGGUGCCCGAUGCGAUGCGUUUUCACGAGCUUAAGGAGGCACUUCAAGCAUGUAAGCAAGGAUAUCGGAACAUACCGCAUUGCAAGUGUUGGCGUUGCUCGUGUGAAUUGGAGAAACAAUUCCGCGAGGCAGUAGAAAAAGAGAAGGUGCAUGAUUUUCUUCUGGGUCUCAAUAGUGCCACUUAUGGUACUUUGAGGUCAAACAUACUGAGUAUGAGCAAACUUUCAAAACUGAGCAAAGUCGGCCGAGAAGAAGCCAACUCGGAUUGUGGUCCUGAGUCCAAGGAACCCGAGUGCCCUCGUCGGCCGUGCCCUCGUCGGCCGUGCCCUCGUCGGCCGUGCCCUCGUCGGCCGCGCCCUCGUCGGCCACGAAGACCUCCCAGAAUCGGAUUCUAUACUUGCUCAUUUGUACAGCCCAUUAGAGGCUUUGUAUCCGGCCCAGUAGCGG